AUCAAAAUGAAAAAUCCCCCCUCCCCAUACUAAAAAGGCAAACGCCUGAAAAUUUGCGAUGCUGAUUUGUGACCACAAAUCGUCUCUGUAUUGCACGAAGGCAACCCCAGAGACUCCGCUGCGUUGUGCAGGCAGUUUGUAAUGCUGUAUCGCCUGCCGAGGAUGUGCCUGCCUUGCUAGGUGCCUACGCCAAAACGCCCCUCCUCAGGCUGCGUGCCUGGCUGCAGUCCUCUACUGCAACACAGAGCCGAUUUGUGUGCCCAAAUCCCGCAUCACAGAUUUCCAUUUUGAUAUGGGGUGGGGGGAUUUUUCAUUUUGAUAGAGCGGAAGAGGGACGUGAAGAAUCUGAACAAAUUGUUCCCGGUCGCCACCUAUGGAUUGCAAAAAUGUCUGGGUCUGGAAGAUUGCGAGAUUUGUCAUGCUGAUCUGGCAUGGCCAUUAAAUCUGUAUUGCGUGGCCACAAACAGCCUCUCUCGCCUGUCAUGCAAAAACGCAGUUUCUCACGCGGAAUACGCAGCACAGAAGCACGAAGCAACUUGUCAUGCGUAGCGGCGCAUUACAGUGCAUUUUUUAUUGACUGAAUUGCAUCACAAAUUUCCAGACCCAGACAUUUUUACAUUUGAUACCACCGCAGACCAGUGGAUCGAGUUUAGUGCGCGCAACGAAUACCCGGCA